GAAAACUUCAAUUUCAAUUUUCAAAGUCUCUGUUAUUUUACAACUUUGUUGCGAGGAAUUUUCGGUUAAGAAUAUGCUUUUAAAAUGAAAAGACACCGUCAUACAAAUGAAAGGCGUUGGGAGUGUAGAUUGUGUAAUUGUUUCCAAGCAAUUUCACUACGAACGUUGCUUAAUCACUAUAAUAAAGUUCAUGGAAAUGAGCCUAAUUUUCAAGUAGUUUGUGGCAUCGAGAAUUGUCCAGCAACAUUUACGAAAUAUAAUUCGUUAUACAAGCACAUCACCAGAUCUCAUAAGGAAGUCUACGAUGGAAAUAUUGAGGAUAACGCUGACGCUGAAUUUAACAAUGAGGAUAAUAUCGAUGAUAUUGAUCACCACUUCACAGUUGAAUCAGAUGAGAGCAGUAGUGCUGAAGAAUUGGAAUUGGAAAUGAAUAUAGAUGAGAACCAGAAUGUUGACAAUAUUGACAUUACAAAGAGUGCUGCCUCAUUUCUCUUAAAGGUGAAAGAAAGGAAUAAAAUACCUCAGGUUGCAAUGGAAUCUAUAAUGGACAGUACACGCACACUGGUAAAGCAAGUGGUAGAUUCUGUGAAAGCGGAAGUUUUAAAUGUGUUAGAUUCCAAAACCGAAGCACUACAGUCAAAGUACAUCAAGCAAAACUUCAGUUAUGUGGAACCAAAGGAGGUAACUUUAGGGAAGAAAUUUGUUUGGAAAAUAAACAGUGGUAAGAGACUUAUUUCUGAGAAAAGUGAGAAAUUUGUGUACAUUCCAAUACUUGAAAGCAUAAAACAGAUCCUCUCAAAUAAGCGCAUCUCUACUAUUCUUCUGAAGAAACCUAAGUGCUGUCAAGAUGGAGUAUUAUAUGAUGUACAUGAUGGCCUUUUGUAUCAAAGUGAUCACUAUUUUGAUGAACACGAGAACACAUUGUGCAUUGUAUUGUAUCAUGAUGAGCUAGAGGUGUGUAAUCCAUUAGGCAGUAAUGCUGGGGUACACAAGCUAGACAUGUACUAUUUUACAAUUGCCAAUUUAUGCCCAAAGUUCAGAUCCAAGUGCUGUGCUGUCCACUUAUUUGCAAUUGCCAAUGCUGAUUUGGUAAAGAAAUAUGGUAUUAACACAGUAAUGCAGCCAGUUAUUGAUGAUUUGAACAUUCUGUAUCAAGGAUGCAAAAUGGAGAUCAAUGGUGUGGAAAAAGUUAUCCAUGGGAAGGUAUUAUUGUGUGCGGGUGACACACUUGGUCAGCAUUAUUUGGGCGGAUUCAAAGAAGGUGUUGGUGUAGCUUUCCAAAAAUGUCGGCAUUGUCAGUGCUCAUUUGAACAGAUGCAGACUGACUUCUUGGAAGAAGAGUUCAAUCUAAGAACAAAGGAAAACUACAGUGAACAGUUUGAUGCCAUUGAACAGGCACCAACUCCAAUAGUCCAAAAAGAUCUAAGAACGACUUAUGGACUAACACAGAGAAGUUCCCUUUGCCAGCUACCCACAUUUGAUGUCACACAGCAGCUCCCCCAGGAUAUCAUGCACACUCUGCUUGAAGGAGUUGUGCAGUAUGAGGUUCGACUAGUUCUUCUUCAUUACCUACAAUCGGGUCAAACCAGUCUAUCUGAAAUCAAUGGAGCAAUAUUAUCCCAUGAAUAUGGAUACUCAGAGAUCAGCGACAAACCAACUCCCCUGAAGGAUACUGUGUUUCAUGGUGAAGAAAGAUACAAGCUUAAGUACAAUGCUGCAAAAGCUGGCCUAUUUUUACGACUCUUGCCAUUUUUCAUUGGUCCUUUUGUUGACAGCAAUGGUCCGCAUUACCAGUUCCUCAUACAAUUGAUUCAGAUUGUUCAAUUGAUUUUCUCACCAGUAAUUAAAUUGGAGAACAUUGACUACUUGGCAGAACUUAUCCAACAACAUCUGACCACAUUUAAAGAUUUGUUUCCAAACUGUAACAUAAUCCCGAAACAACACUAUUUGCUCCAUAUCCCGUCUACAAUUAGAAUGCUUGGACCAAUGGUUAGAUCUUCCUGUUUCAGUUUUGAAUCUGCUCAUAAUUAUUUUAAAGAGUUGGCAAGAAAGCAGAAUUUCAAGAAUUUGCCAUUGUCACUAGCUAAGCGCCAUCAGUUCAAUUUGUGCAGCAACUAUGGUGAUUCAAACGAGAACCCAAGCUCACAUCCACUGUUUUCAACAGAAAGGGAAUAUGGUGUGCUAAAGAAAGCAGGUGCAGAAGUAUGUUUGUCCUUGCGAGAAAGAUUUGAUGAACAUGGCCUUCUACCCUCCAUUGAAAUUGUGAAUGUUUACAAAGUAAGUUGGAUAAAGCUUUUUGGAACAAAGUUUGCCAAGUCUGGUAUUAUUGCUAUUGAUGUUGCUGGAGACCCUGCAUUGCCAGUUUUUGGAGUCAUUGUGUGCAUAUGGUCAAUUCUAGACUUUACAUACUUUGAUGUACAAUUACUUGAGACAUUAUCUUUCGAUGAAAAACAUCAAGCUUAUCGUGUUUCUGAGAGUACAGAAGAUGUUACUGGAAUUUAUCCUUAUGACAGUCUAGUGGACUUUAAUGUCUUUCAUUGCAAGAAAGAUAAAGAGAAUAAUAAGUAUGUUGCAGUGAAAUAUGACCUUCGUGACAUCAUUGAGGAGCAUAUUGAAGGACGAAAUCCUCUUCACUAG